AUGAUAAGAAUAUUUAAAUUGCUAAUAAGAUUCUCAGUAAUUCUAUAAAUGAUGGAUUUUGUAAAAGUAAGAUUUAAUUUGCUUUAAUAUUAUAUCGUGAUCAUCAUCCCUUUAAAGAAAUAUCUUCUCCAACCUUAAUAUUAAGUGAUUAUACUGAUUCUGAAAUUUUAUCCAAAUGCUGUACUUGAUGGAUUACAUGAAUAAUCUUAAUUAUCUUGGUUAAAUAAAAACUCAUAGAAAUUUGUGAUUCUCUUAACUCAAGUUCCUCCUCAUGGUCAUUUAAAAUAUCAAAGUUUUGAUGAUAAUUAUCCAAAAGGAUGUCCUUGUAAUCUUAAAGAGAUUGAAGUACUAAAAAAUUAUAAAAUGAAAUAAAUUCAUUUAAUUAUUCCUAAAUUGAGUUGUUAUCAAAUCUUAUGA